CCUCCGGGCACCAACGGGACCUUCAACGACAGCAGUGCCGGGCCGGGCUGGGGCACACCGUACCCCCUGCACACCACCGUCACCCUCAUCAGCCUGGCGGGCUUGCUCAUGCUCUUCACCGUCUUUGGCAACGUCCUGGUCAUCAUCGCUGUCUUCACCAGCCGGGCGCUCAAGGCCCCCCAAAACCUCUUCCUGGUCUCCUUAGCCUCGGCCGACAUCCUGGUGGCCACACUGGUCAUCCCCUUCUCCUUGGCAAACGAGGUGAUGGGGUACUGGUACUUCGGCAAAGUCUGGUGUGAGAUCUACCUGGCCUUGGAUGUGCUGUUCUGCACCUCCUCUAUCGUGCACUUGUGUGCCAUCAGCCUGGACCGUUACUGGUCCAUCACACAAGCCAUCGAGUACAACCUCAAGCGUACCCCGCGCCGCAUCAAGUGCAUCAUCUUCAUCGUCUGGGUCAUCUCGGCCGUCAUCUCCUUCCCGCCACUCAUCUCGAUCGAGAAGAAGAGCGGGCAGCAGGCUGACCAAGGGGUGGCAGGAUGCAAGAUCAACGAUGAGAAGUGGUACAUCAUCUCUUCUAGCAUCGGCUCCUUCUUUGCCCCCUGCCUCAUCAUGAUCCUGGUCUACAUGCGCAUCUACCAGAUAGCCAAGAGGCGAACCAGGGUACCGCCAAACAAGCGGGCAGAGCGCCCUGAGAAGAGGCAGAACGGCUUUGGCAAAAAGCUCAAUGGAGAGAAGGCAGCAGGAGGAGCCGUCGGGCAGGAGGGAGAGGUCAAUGGCAUAGACAUGGAGGAGACCUCUUCCUCCGAGCAUCAGGAGAACAACCAGUGUAAGAAGUCAGAGAGACUGUCAAGGGGAAAGACCAAGACUAAGCUGAGCCAGAUUAAGCCUGGGGACAGUUUGCCCAGGAAGACAGAGGAGGAGAGGAUCACCAAAGGGUCCCGGUGGAGGGGCAGGCAGAACCGGGAGAAGCGCUUCACCUUUGUGCUGGCGGUGGUGAUUGGGGUCUUUGUCAUCUGCUGGUUCCCCUUCUUCUUCACCUACACGCUGACGGCUGUCUGCAAGAGCUGCUCUGUGCCCGACACCCUCUUCAAAUUCUUCUUCUGGUUUGGUUACUGCAAUAGCUCCUUGAACCCCGUCAUCUAUACCAUUUUCAACCACGACUUCAGACGGGCCUUCAAAAGGAUCCUCUGCAGGAUAGAGAGGAAAAGGAUUGUUUGA